AAUUACCUCCCCUUUUUUAUGCCUCCCCAUUUGCACAGAUUUUUGCGUAGUCAGUAUUUCAAUUUGAGGGUUUGAGAGUGUGUAGAGAUUAAUGAAGGAAGAUUGAUGGCUAUCUCAGGACACUGUGUUAGACAAUACCUCAAAGCUGUUACAACUUCCUCUAACCCCAAAACACUUGCAUUUAAUUUACUCAACUUUACACAAACUUUAUCUGCCAGUUGUUGGAGUAAAAGAUACAUAUUUAAAGCUGAUGUUCAACCUGCAGGAAGUAUACAGCAACAAAAACCAGUCUCUACAACAACCAUCACCAUGGCAACAGAUAUGAUUGAAGCAGUUGUCUGUGAUGCUGAUGAGCUCAAGUCUGGAGAGAUGAAGGAGGUAGAUGUGGGAGGAGCAGGGACAGCACUGCUUGUUAGAGAAGGAGCAGACUAUUUCGCCAUUGGCCCUAAAUGUUCACACUAUGGUGCUCCACUGUCUAAAGGUGUUUUAUGUAAUGGAAAAGUUCGCUGCCCUUGGCACGGUGCCUGCUUUAAUGUAAAAACUGGAGAUAUUGAAGACUUUCCUGGCUUGGACAGUAUCCCAUCAUACCAGGUAGAGGUUUCUGAUGGCAAAGUGAGGAUUCGAGCAGACAAGGCCUUGCUUGCCAACACGCGGAGACAGAGGUCCAUGUGUAAGGCAGCAGCUGGCAACAAAAAUGUUGUGAUUAUUGGAGGUGGUCCAGCUUCAGUGGCAUGUGCAGAGACCCUGAGACAAGAGGGGUUCCAAGGAACUGUCACAAUCUAUACAAAGGAUAAAUAUAUUCCUUAUGAUAGAAUUAAGUUAAGUAAGGCAAUGGAUAUCAAGCCAGAGACGAUUGCACUAAGACCAGCAGAAUUUUACCAGUGUUAUGAUAUCACUGUGAAAACUGACACUGAAGUGAAGUCUGUAGAUACAUCCAGUAAAAGUGUGAAGUUUGCGGAUGAUAGUACAGCCAAGUAUGAUUCAUUGAUGAUAGCAACAGGGGGACAACCGCGAGUUCUGCCAAUUCCAGGUGUUAAUCUAGAGAAUGUGUUCAGUUUACGAACACCUGAUGAUGCUAACAAAAUUGCAGAGGCAGCUACCGGGAAAACGGUGGUCAUUAUUGGAUCUUCUUUCAUUGGGCUAGAAGUUGCUUCGUAUAUGUCUGGCAAAGCCGUCUAUAUUCAUGUUUUGUGUCGUGGUGAGUGUCCGUUAGAGAAUGUGUUUGGAAAAAAAGUUGGGAAAGUGUUUAAAAAGAUGCAUGAAGAGAAAGGGAUCAAAUUCCACUUUCAAGCAGGAAUUAAGGAGUUUAUGGGAGUAGAUGGUAAAUUGACAGAGGCUGUGCUGUCUACAGGGACCAAAAUACCCGCAGAUAUUGCCAUACUUGGUGUAGGUGUGGUACCAGCUACUGGUUUCCUGAAAGAUUCUGGUAUAAAGAUGACAGACAGAGGGUUUAUACCUGUUAAUGAGUUAAUGGCAACAGAUAAGGCAGAUGUUUAUGCUGCAGGGGAUAUUGUGGAGUUCCCUCUCUUCAGUAGUGGAGGAACAAAUGUCAAUAUACAACAUUGGCAGAUGGCUCAUGCACAUGGAAGAAAUGCAGCAUACAGCAUUAUGGGAAGAAAACAGCCAAUCAGGAGUGUCCCAUAUUUUUGGACAGUCCAGUAUGGCAAAAGUAUAAGAUACACAGGCUAUGGUGUAGGCUAUGAUGAUGUUGUUGUACAUGGAGACCUUGAAGAGCAGAAAUUUGUGGCUUUUUACACAAAAGGCAAGGAUGUGGUUGCAGUUGCCAGUUUGAACUUUGACCCUAUUGUAUCACAGGCAGCAGAAAUGUUCCUGGCAGGAAAGAAGAUAUCCAAAGAUGAAAUCAUGAAUGAUCCAAAAUCAUGGGGGUCAAGGCUGUAAAAGUGGACAGCUAUUUCUGAGGAAUGAUGCACCCAUAUGCAGUGGAAAAUUCUUAAUUAUGCAAAUAAAUAUAUUCUACUUGUAAUUCAGAAAACAAAAUUAUCAUUUUACUGCUUAUAUAUAUAUAUAUAUAUAUAUAUAUAUAUAUAUAUAUAUAUAUAUAUUCCAUUUUGACUUUAAACCAGUGCAUCAAACAUUUACAGGCAAGGCUAAAAAUGUUUCUUUAAAGUAACAUUUCAUUUAUGUGAAAAAAAAGAAAAUUGUUGAUUGGACAUCAGAAGUAUCAAUGCUGCAAGAAAUUAGAAAUGCUAGUGUAAGGGAAUAUUACAUUCUUGCAUAAAAACUACUUUUUUCACUGGAUCCGCCCAUGUAUUAACGGGAGAAAAAUCGUGUGCAAACGAGGCAAUUCACGUGCUGUUUAUACCAGAUUUUUAUUUUUGAAAUGCUUUGCCAGGGACAUAUAUAUGUAUUUCUGCGCAGACUGAUAUUUGGCAUCUGCAUCUUGUUUCUUCCAGAAUAACCUCUUCUUGUAGCAUUAUAGACACAAUGUAAUUCAUAGUAUGUUUAGCUGUAUCAGUUUCCAACCCCAAACGUACUGCCCCCAUCAAUGUACGCACUAGCUUCUCUUAGAGUUUACUCCCUUUACAAAGCGUCUGUUCAGUUAUUGUAAAUAACUGUGAAUAAAUAAGUAUCGCGUGUAACUUGUGCUAUUUCCCGUUUUUAGGUAUUAUAUUAAUGACUUUUGUUAGUAUCAGUCUGUUUGUUUUUACUUGAUUGUUCGCAGAAUUCAUAUAAUAAACCUCGAAAGCUAGUCACUAGCUUCGUACUCAUCCGUACUCUGUUUGUUCGUACUCAAAAUAAUUCGAAUGUAAAGUUGUUAUUCUUAAAAUAAUUGUGUUCCUGUUUAUCAAAUUUUUAAGUUAUAUGCAAAAUUAUGUGUAAUGUAACGUUUGUAAUAACUAAAAAUAAAAAUAAGAUGCUCAAAAACCUCCAAAUCACGCUUUUAGUAGUGUUGUUGUUAUGUGUGCCCCGGUUAUGGAUAUUUAAAACAUGUUUACCGUUUCCAAGAACAACAAGAAUGGUAAAUAAAAAAUGUACCGGAAUCGUCAAGUCAUCACAUAUGAAAACAAUGCAUUUAGUCGUCGUGUAAUGUUUUUUAUGCAAGAAUAGCGACAAUGUUUGUUUUGUGUAUUAACGCCUGCAGAAGCCCUUGGGGUAUGUUUGUGACCUCGACCUUCGGUCUCGGUCACAAACAAUCCCGCGGGCUUCUGCAGACGUUAAUACACAAUAAAACAUGUAUUAUCCUUACAUUCACAAGUGAAAUAUUUAUUGGAGAAUUAUUAUUCAGUUGAACUUACAGCAAUAAAACAAGGCUCAUUGUUCAAAUUGUUACAGAACUGAAAACAAAGUAUUUUAAGUAC